GCCCGGUUAGCUUUUCCUAUGCUUGCAUUUCACAUGCAAGUUCCCCGCCAGAGAGCUGAGAGGAGAAAGGAGUUUCCCAGAGCUGGUCAGUAUUUAUCAGAAGCAAUCACAGCUCCAUGAGGAGACAACAGGUUUGCACGCCUGCGAAGUUCCCUUUGAAGCAGCUUUCUUACCAGCUUUUGCUCCGGCUCGGUUCCUCAAUUUUUGUUAAGACAAAGUACCAUUUUAAACAUGGCUGUAGAGAUCCACAUGCCAGAACCCAUGUGCCUCAUUGGGAAUAAUGAGGAACAGCUGGUGGCCAACCAGGAAGCCCUGAAGGUCCUGUCAGCCAUCACACAGCCAGUGGUGGUGGUGGCCAUCGUGGGCCUCUACCGCACAGGCAAAUCCUACCUGAUGAACAAGCUGGCUGGGAAGGAGAAAGGAUUUUCUGUUGGACCCACUGUGCAGUCUCACACCAAGGGUAUCUGGAUGUGGUGUGUCCCUCAUCCCCAGAAGCCAGACCACACCCUAGUUCUGCUUGACACAGAGGGCCUGGGAGAUGUGGAGAAGACUGAUGAAAAGAGCGAUACUCAGAUUUUUGCGCUGGCAAUCCUUCUCAGUAGCACCUUCGUAUACAACACCAUGAACAAAAUUGACCAGGGUGCUAUCGACCUACUGCACAAUGUGACAGAACUGACAGAUCUGCUCCGGACAAGAAACUCCUCUGAACUUAGUGAACUUGAAGAACCUGCUGACAUGAGCUUCUUUCCAGACUUGGUGUGGACACUGAGAGAUUUCUACCUGGGCCUGGAAACAAACGGGCAUGCCAUUACAUCAGAUGAAUAUCUGGAGAAUUCACUGAAGCUGAAACAAGGUAGUGAUGAAAGAACCCAAACAUUCAAUCUGCCCAGACUGUGCAUCCAGAAGUUCUUUCCAGUGAGGAAAUGCUUUGUUUUUGACUCCCCUACUCACAGAAAUAAGCUUUCCCAGCUUCAAACACUCAGUAGUGAGGAGCUGAGUUCUGACUUUGUGCAGGAGCUGUCAGAGUUCUGUUCUCAUAUCUUCAGCCAUUCCAAGACCAAGAUUCUUCCAGGUGGCAUCCAGGUCAAUGGACCUCGUCUAGAAAGCCUGGUGGUGACCUACGUUGAUGCCAUUAAUAGUGGGGCUCUACCCUGCAUAGAGAAUACAGUGAUAACCUUGGCUCGGAGAGAGAAUUCUGCUGCAGUGCAAAAGGCCAUCACCCACUAUGACCAGCAGAUGAGCCAGAGGGUGAAGCUGCCCACAGAGACUCUCCAGGAGCUGCUGGAUCUGCACAGGACCUGUGAAAGUGAAGCCAUGGAAAUCUUCCUGAAGCAUUCUUUCAAGGAUGAUAACCAAUGUUUCCAGAAGGAAUUGGAGACCCUACUAAGUGCAAAGCAGGAUGAGAUUUGUAAGAAGAAUGUAGAAGCCUCUGCAGACCACUGCUCAACCCUACUUGAGAGUAUUUUUAAGCCUCUGGAACAAGAAGUGGCAGGGGGUGUCUAUGCUAAACCAGGAGGCCAUAAUCUCUACCUUCAGAAGAUGGAACAGCUGAAGGCACAGUAUCGUCAGCAGCCAGGGAAGGGGACACAGGCUGAGGAAGUGCUGCAGAAAUAUUUGAAGGCCAAAGAACCACUGAGCAAUACAAUUCUACAAACAGACCAGGCUCUCACAGCCAAGGAGAAUCAGAGGAAAGCGGAGCAAGCGAGAGCGGAAGCUGCAAGGGCGGAAGCGCAGAGGUUGGAGGUGAUUCGAAUCCAGGAGGAGCAAAAGAGGGCAGAGCAAGAGAGACUACAUCAAGAGAAACUGAAGCAAAUAGAGAUUGACAGAGCAAACUUUCGGGCAGAGCAACAGAGGAUCAGGGAACAGAGGCUCCAGGAACAGGCUGCGAAGAUCAAGGCAGAACAAGAAGCUCAACUCAGACAACUCAAUGAACAGCUUCAAAACGCAAGAGCAACAAGCUAUCACUCGCCAAAUGAUGAGUGUAUCUUACUUUAAAACACCAAAAGCCAGGACUUCCCUUUCUUACUGCUUCUUAUUGAAGGAGCAAAAGACCAAAGGACUUGAGACAACCGUAGUUAUAAAAUCCCAGUGCCCCCUAUCUGACUGCCAUAAUUGUCUCAAGGUAUUUUAAGUUACCUAGGGGGUGUUGACUUAGCCAACAUCUUGGACUCACAUGUGUAUCCUUCCUUUUGGUAGACAUAGAUAGAAAAUACCUAUGAGAAAUCAGAAACAACGUGUAUUUCUCAACUGGAUGGAAGCCCCUAGUCUGAGGGCAGUGUGGCUCCUCAGUACUGUUAGCUGGCCAUUUGCAUGUUCUCUUUCCUUUCUCUUUCUCCUUUAGGAGCCCAAUCACACUUUGGUCAACCUUGUCACAUGCCCAGAUAUCAUGUCACUCACUUAGAGGUAGAUUUGUUUCUACUGAUUGUCUACUCUGCCAGGUUCACAUUCUAUCUUUUGUUAUGUUCAUUAAAGAAAUUCUUCUUCACUAAUACAGAGUUUUUGAUAUAUACAUUUGCCAUUGGCUCUGUCUGUUUCCAUUUUUCUUCCUUAAAGUCUACACCUGCCCAUACAUAUUGCUCACUUUCUUUCUUUCUUUUUUUUUUUAAUUUUAGUUUUUCGAGACAGGGUUUCUCUGUGUAGCUUUGGAUUCUUUCCUGGAUUUCGCUUUGUAGACCAGGCUGGCCUCAAACUCACAGAUAUCCGACUGGCUCUGCCUCCUGAGUGCUGGGAUUAAAGGUGUGCACCACCAUUGCCCAGCUUCUACCAGAUUCUUUAACAGUGUUUUAAAUGGUUUCUAAUCAUUCUAAGUCUAUCUCUAUUCAUGGAUUUCUUUGCUUUAUCUCUUUAAAAAUAAAUGACUAUACUUGGUUUUAC